AUGCCCCGUUGCGCUCUCGUCACCGGCUGCAGCGCCGGAGGCAUCGGCUCGGCCCUGGUGGAGGAGCUCCACGCCCAAGGGCUGAGAGUCUACGCGACCGCCCGCUCCCCAGCCAAGAUGGACCACCUUGCCAAACUUCCCAAUGUCACUCUCGUCACCCUCGACGUCGCCGACCCGGCCAGCAUUGCCGCUGCCGUCGAUACCGUCCGCCAGGAUUUGUCCUCGCACGGUGACUCCCUCGACGUUCUCAUCAACAAUGCCGGCCAAUCCCUCGUCUCUCCCGCCCUGGAUACCUCCAUCGACAAGGCCAAGAGUCUUUUCGAUGUGAAUUUCUGGGGUGUCAUCGCCGUCACCCAGGCUUUCAUGCCGCUGCUUCAGGCUGCCCAGAAUGGCAGUGCCUACAACGCCUCAAAGGCCGCUCUGAUGUCUUGGAGCGAGACUCUCCGGUUGGAAUUGCAGCCUUUCAACAUCCGGGUUAUUUCCCUGGUCACCGGCUCGGUUGCCACAAAUGUCAUGUCGCAUUCUGAACUGACCCUGCCUGAAAACUCACUUUACCAGAAGGCGCUCUCGGAGAUUCAAUUGCGCGGCGUCGGGAAGGAUGUCUCGAAUAAGAGCGCGCCGGCAGCCUUUGCUCGCGAGGUUGUCAAGGAUGUCUUGGGCGGAGCGACGGGACCUGUGUGGCGUGGCGCGAUGGCUUCCAUGGUGAAGUUUAUGUCCACGUACAUGCCGACAUCCGUUUUAGACCGGGCAAUGAAGGGGGGGGAGUGGGCUGGACAAGUUGCCGUGAAAGAACAUUGCACAGAUAUAUCGUAG